ACAGAGGGAGAGAGAAGGGAGGGCUCUGGCCACAUCUGUCUGAGGCUUAAGGAAGGAAGGAGAAGAGAAGAGAAAUGAGCUGAGUGAAGAUUAGGGCUUAGGCUAUCUCCCCAGCGACAACAGCAAGGACGUGGCUGGGAAGUCAGAGGGACUUAGAACAUUUGCCCCAUAGACCCAGGUCCCAGCAGAGCCGCAGAGUCUGAGAAACCUUUGGGGCCAGAAGAAACUCCUCUAUCUCAGCAUCCUUCUCCCACCCUUCGAGCUGGGAUCUCUGAGGCAUGGAUGAGCAGCUGGACUGGGCAGCCUAUGGCGAGAACCAGACCGGCGACUGUGAGUACGAGGAAUGGAGCCCGUCUGUGGUGCUCCUCCCCACCAUCUAUCUGCUUAUUUUCCUGCUGGGCACUACAGGCAACGGCUUGGUGCUGUGGACCAUCUUCCGCAGAGGGCAGGAGAAGCGGCGCUCGGCCGACACCUUCAUUGCCAACCUAGCCAUGGCUGACCUGACCUUUGUAGUGACCCUGCCACUUUGGGCUGCCUACGCCUGGCUGGGAUACGACUGGCCCUUUGGCUCCUUCACAUGUAAGCUCAGCAGCUACCUGAUCUUUGUCAACAUGCACGCCAGUGUCUUCUGCUUGAUGGGCCUCAGCAUUGAUCGCUACUUGGCCAUUGUGCGACCCAUGGCUAACGCCAAGCUGAGGUGGAGGGCCAGUGGGCUGGUGGCCACCAUUGUCCUCUGGGCCUUGGCGGCCAUUUUGGCCUUGCCAGCCAUGAUCCUCCGGCAGGCAGCGGUGCUAUUGGGAGAAACCAAAGUGACAUGCUAUAUGGACUACUCAGGCGUGGUGGCCAAUGGGACUGAGGGGGCAUGGGAGGUGGGGCUGGGCCUGUCCUCCACCAUGCUGGGCUUCGUGGUCCCCUUUGUCGUCAUGCUGACCUGCUACUUCUUCAUCGCCCGCACCAUCGCCGACCAUUUCCGGAAGGAGCGCGGCGAGGAGCUGAGGAAGAGGAAGCGACUGCUGAGCAUCAUCAUCGUGCUGGUGGCCACCUUUGCCCUCUGUUGGCUACCCUACCACCUGGUGAAGACCAUUUACGUGCUGAUGGACUUAGAGGUGAUUCCCUGGUCCUGCGGCUUCCAUGCCUUCCUCAAUAACUUGCACCCCUACUGCACCUGUGUGGCCUACAUCAACAGCUGCCUCAACCCCUUCCUCUAUGCCUUCUUUGACCCUCGCUUCCGGCAGGCCUGUGCCGCUGUCCUGUGCUGCAGCAGGGGGCACUGGCCAGGGUCCAGCAAGGACAAGUCUGCCAGCUACUCCUCUACCCACAGUCAGAACCUGCAGGGAAAGGGUGGGGAGCUGCCACAGGAGAAACUGGGUCCAGGCAGGCAGGAAACUCUGCUCCGAGGCUAAGAGAAGGGGGAUGACAUGGACCUGCCUCUGGGGACAUCAGGUAGAGUGAGUCCUCCUCUGCUGUCCCUCUGUCUUUCAUUGCUUCUCUCACUCCUUCUUUCAUACUUUCUUUUCUCUCUCCAUCACUGUCUCCCUCUUUCACCCUUCACCACCUCUUCCAUUUCUCCUUCUUCUCUUCCUCCAGCUCUCUCUUGGAUUUGCUUCUCCCUUGUCACAGGCCUUGUGCAGAUAAAGCAUUCCCAAGGCCCGUGGCUACCCCGCAGAACCUCAGCGCAACCCUUCCAGGCACAGACCGUCCGCUAGGGGCACAUCUACACUGCAGCUGGGAGAAGCCUCCCAGACCUACCCACCCAAGGAUGGAUCCAAGAGCUCUGGCAGGCUUGUGCCUGGGUGGCUACCCAGGCCGCUAUCCACUCUGCAAUGGCCACACACUGCUAUUUUUAGUGCGUUAGCUCCCGCAGACCUGGCCUUAUCUGUCUCCCCAGCUGCAGUGUAGACAUACCCUAAAGCAGCAGUUCUUAACCUGGGGUCCAAGGCUC